UACGAGUCACAAUGAAGCAGCAGUAGAAGAAAAAGACUUAAACAAAGAAGCCACAUUCUAACUUUCACAAAUUGAUUGAUAGGUGGCGGUUUGCAUUGUAACUCCCAAGAAGUACGCAUUAAAAGUGAGAAACAGAAGGUGUUGAAUCCAAUACAAGCGACUACGGAAAGUGAAAGUACAUUCAAGACACCUCCACAAGCCCUGGGACACGGAUGUAAAAGCUCCUCCCCCCUGCACGUCCAUUGGUCAGCCGGUCGACUCCACAAAGCCUCAAACUUGUUUGCUUUAUCAUCCAAGAGGCACACGGUCCGCUGAGGGGAAAGCGGAAAGCGGGGGAAAAGCGGUGUUGGCGUGGGAGUCGGCAUCAAUUCCUGUGGGAUGCUGAGAAGGUGUGAGAUGAUUGACAGUCUCCCUGCAGAACUCUCACGGGGCUAACAGGACAUCAACAUGGACAACAAGAGCUCCUCGUCAGGCAACCUUCACAACAAACGCCGUCCCUCGGAGCCAGAACGGGGCCAAAGGAUCCCAGAUGUGGACACAGCUCAUCAGCUUAAACUCAAAGAGAGGCAGCGUUUCUUUGAGGAAGUCUUCCAGCAUGACGUGGAUGCCUACCUGUCCUCGGCCCACCUUUCUAUUAGAGACUACACAAGACCUCCAAUCGGCAGCAUCUCAUCUAUGGAGGUGAAUGUGGACUUGCUGGACCAAAUGGAGCUGAUUGAUAUCUCUGACCAGGACUCUUUGGAUGUCUUCUUGAGCUCUGGAGGAGAAGACAACCUCUUGAACUCCACAAUGCCUGUCAAUGGAAACAACAACCCUGAAGGAGCAAUCACUAAUGGACUCUUUCGACACGUCCUUGAUGGUCUUGAUUCGAAAUCACGUGCAUCCUCCACAUCUUCAAACUCCUCUUCUGACAGUCAGGCCAACAAUGCCAAUAUACAAAACACUUGUGGGGCUUCGCCAGAAGAGCAAGAACCACGCACCAGCACAGUCAAGCGGAUAGCAGCAACCCCAGAGAGAGAGGUUUAGAGAGGGACUCCAUCACCUACGUCUUUGUAGAAAGUAGACUCGCCUCACCUGACCACAACAUGAUCUCAUAAGAAUCUUAAAGGCCUACUGAAAUGAGAUUUUCUUAUUUAAACGGGGAUAGCAGGUCCA